UCUUCUAAAGCGUCUGUGGGCCCACCUAAGACAGACACUCUCUCUCUGAUCGAGAGAGAGCCAAGAUCCAGGGUUUAACCUUCAAUGGAGCCUUUGAUUUCCCUUUACAUGCAAGUAUUUUGAUGAACGAAGAAGGAGAAAGAAUGGUUUAUUUCUUCAGAUUAGUACUCAUCGCGCUCUCAAUCUUUGUCGCCUUUGACUUCAAAGGCUAUCAUUGCAGUGGCGGCCGCAUCUUCAGCUUGAAGAUGCAUCACCGCUUCUCCGAUUCCAUCAAGAACUGGUCCCUUUCCACCGGGAAAUUCUUCGACUGGCCCGUUAAGAAGGGAAGCUUCGAGUACUAUGCCAUCUUGGCACACCGCGAUCGACUCAUGCGUUUGCGUGGCCGUAAGCUUUCCGAUUUGGAGUCGCCCCUUGCUUUCUCUGAUGGAAACUCGACGUUUCGGAUUAGCUCGCUGGGAUUUUUGCACUAUGCGACGGUUGAAUUGGGGACGCCAGGGAUGAAAUUCAUGGUGGCGCUAGAUACUGGGAGUGAUCUGUUUUGGGUGCCAUGUGAUUGCAGUAGAUGCGCGCCUACUCAGGGUACUGCUUAUGCUUCUGAGUUUGAGCUAAGUGUUUACAGUCCUAAAGAGUCAUCAACAAGCAAAAAAGUCACCUGCAACAACCUUUUGUGUGAACACCGUAAUCGCUGCCCUGGAACAUUCAGUGAUUGCCCUUACAUGGUCUCUUAUGUCUCUGCUCAAACUUCUACUUCUGGGAUCUUGGUGGAGGAUGUUCUGCACUUAGCAACAGGAGAUACCAAUGAGGAGUUGGUUGAGGCAUAUGUCACGUUUGGCUGUGGACAGGUUCAGAGUGGCUCAUUUCUUGACAUUGCAGCUCCCAAUGGCUUGUUUGGGCUCGGUAUGGAAAAGAUAUCGGUUCCUAGCAUUUUAUCCAGGGAAGGCUUGACAGCAGAUUCUUUCUCUAUGUGUUUUGGACAUGAUGGAAUAGGAAGGAUCAAUUUCGGAGACAAGGGCAGUUCUGACCAGGAAGAGACCCCAUUUAAUGCGAAUCCACCACACCCAACGUAUAAUAUUACAAUGAUUCAAAUUCGAGUAGGAACAACAUUGAUUGAUGUGGAUUUGACAGCUCUUUUUGAUUCUGGGACCUCUUUUACGUAUCUCGUGGACCCAACUUAUACGAGCCUUGCUGAGAAUUUCCAUUCACAGACCAGAGAUAGGCGUCGUCCACUUGAUUCGAGGAUACCUUUUGAAUAUUGUUAUUAUAUGAGUCCCGAUGCAAAUUCUAGUUUGAUACCAAGCCUGAGUUUAACCAUGAAAGGUGGAAGCCACUUUGCUGUCUAUGAUCCUAUCAUUGUCAUCUCCACUCCGACUGAACUUGUUUAUUGCUUGGCUGUUGUCAAGAGUGCAGAACUGAAUAUUGUUGGGCAAAACUUUAUGACCGGCUACCGCGUUGUGUUUGAUCGAGAAAAACUUGUUUUGGGUUGGAAGAAGUUUGACUGUUAUGACAUUGAUGAAUACAACACUAUCCCAAUUGAACGACACAACUCCACUGUACCUCCUGCUGUUGCCGCCGGACUAGGCAACUACCCUACUCCAAAUUCAACAAAAGAGAGCAGGAAUUUUUCAGAGAGUUCAGCUGCCUUACCGUCCUACCAUAGCCAUACAUCUUUCCUGCCAGUCUUCAGUUUCGCCUUCACAUUAUAUCUAUUGUUGUAGUGGUUCUAUUCUAUGAUCAUUCCUUUUAUUUUCCACAGCUGAUGCGGGUGCCCUUUAGUAAAAAAACAUUUUGAUUCUUAGGUCAUGCAUAGUAUAGUUAAAGGACACGAUAUACUUGCGCAACUUUCCAGAAGGAGUGGCAAAAAAAUUCAGUUCCGAGUCGUAUAACAUCAUGUUUUUACAAAAUAUUUA